CUCCACUGAGCUGUGCCAUCAUGUCUACCCCGCAGAAAUCACGACUACCAAAAGCCUACACGGACCAACAACUUGCCUUCUUAAGAAGUCAUCUAGGUGAAUUCGAACGACGGACGCAAGGAAAUGUACGCGGUGACGCAAAGAAGUUUGCGCUGGAAAGAGCUGAAGAGUUUAUCGGACGAUUUGGAUUCCCGGCAGAGUUCACUGGAGUGGAAGAACCUGAUGCCCGCUUUCGAGAGCAGAUCUACAAUUGGUUCAAGAACACUGUGGGCAGAAACAGGAGAAAGUUGGAAGGGAGGCCAAAGAGCACAUCGACCGCGGCAACAACCUGGCCAUCUCCACCAGCUUCGGUGACUACUAGUGCACCUUCGGUACCACAUCCGCUACCCCUUCCACCGCUAACAGCACUCCCACCGACCCUCAGAGACGCCUUUAUACAACGUGUUGACCCUCCCACACUGGCAAACAUCAUUCGUUCCUUCGUCCACUCCAGCCCGCACUCAAAACUCCCUUUAAACCCUGUCAUUCAAACCCUCUUUGAUGCGAUCCAAGACAACCCACCACACGCAUUCAUUCGCUUAUUCCUCGAUGCUUCCUCCUACUUCACACCAGAUAUCAUCCAUGCAGGCAUCAGCGGUCCAUUAGCUGCCACGUCCGCUCUUUCCAUCCAGAUUCGAAGAAAUUCUAUUUGGGUCCCCUCGCCGCCUUCGCCUUCAACGUUUUCAGAAGAGAUGAACCGUAUAUCUCUCGAUCGACAGAGGAAGAAACAUUAUAUCAAUUGGGCCAGAAUACAUGCGGCAUCUAUUGAUUUGGGUGUGAGGUUUGAGAUCUCAGAGGUCAUGGCGAGGGAUGCCGUAUGGCAAGACGAUGAGGUCGAGUGGGUUGCAGGGGUGUUUGUUUUGCGUGCGCUGAUAAGGGCUAGCCCGAGGGAAGAUUAUGAGGGUCUGUUAGGGGAGUACGAGAGCAGGUGGAGAGAGAUGAGAGACGAAAACCGGCAGGCGAUGGUUACUGACGUGCUUUUGGGAGCGAGGGAGGAUCUUUCAAAGCUUGUCCAGCACCCAUGAUUUGUAUCGUUAUCGAAGCUUUUCUUAUAUCAGUGUAUUCUAUCCAUCAAACUCUCGUCUUCUGUGCCCCAAAGGUCACGGUAGCACUUUCAAAUCGCAAUUACUCCAUUACAUCCUCUCCAACCAACCUGAUUUAGGCUGUAUCCUAUGUUUCCUUAAAAGUCACCAUGUACAGUUUCUUUUGAAAUGACAUACGUCCUUACAUUAUGUACCUCUUGUUCGUUUUUAUAUAUAUUUGUCCCAUGUCGUGUAACUGGCAAUUCGAACCAUUGUAUAGCCA